UAAGGAGAGUCUCUGAAAAUUUUAUUUUCAUCGGUUAGUUUCGUCAAGUUUUGUGCUGUUAUUCCCGUGGUUCCAUGUGCAUUUAAUAAGCAAUCUUCGUAUUAAAAAAGAAUGAUGAAUCAAUCAAUAUCAGAAGAAGAGGCUGAUGAAUUUGCCUACCAACUUGUUUCGUUCCCGGGGUAUGAAGAUUCUGAAGGCAAAAAGCCUAUCGAUAUUGUUUUGUCUUCGUGGAUGAAAUAUAAGAAAAAAAAGAAUAUAUAUGUUACAAAAUUUGCUCCGCCUCCAUAUAAUGUGGCAGUCAAGAGAGAAAUGAAUAAUUUAUUAAAAUCAUAUUCACCUGCUCCUGCUAUUUGGCCAGAGUACGAAGUGUCAUUUCAUGGACAUGCAAAAACUUUACAAGAAGCUAAGAAACGAUUGUCAUUGUUGGCAACAAAUGAAUUCGUAUACAGUAGUGGAGCUGAAGUAAAUAAAAAAGUAAACGAUACAAAAAAACGAAUUCGAGCAAAAAGAAUCCAAGUAACAGAGGACGAAGAGGACUCACUAUUAAAUGUGCCUGAUAUAACUGAGAAUCUAGAGGAACUACAUGAAUCUAUGACAGACUCAAAUACUCCUAAAAAGAAAUCAAAAACUGCACAAGAGGCGAUUAAAAAAAGUCAUACAAAACCUAUGAAGGCAACUUUGAAUAAAAAUACAACAGAUUCAUCAAGUACUUCAGCAAGUGAUAAAAAUUAUUCUGCAUAUGAUGAUGAGGAUUAUGAUUAUGAGGAUUAUGACGAAGAGGAAGAAGACAUAUUCAAAACAAAGUUGAAUAGAACAGUUAAUUCAAAUUAUGAUCAACGUGUUCCUCCAAAAACUAAAAAUACGGUAACUACUGGAAACCGUCAAAUAACACAUUCAACUAAGAGAAAAAGAGAAUUCGAAAAUGAAACUCUAAACCCGAGUAAUAGAAAAGAAACUCAUUCGUCAUCAUCAAAGGGAGACAGUAAAAGACCAAGGAUUCUUGAGACAGUAGAAAAUAAUGUAAACAUUUUCACACCAAACAUUUCUUUAACCGAAGAAGAAAAUCCAUUAUUGAUCCAAUCAAGAAUAAUUAAAGCAUUGCACAUAUUACACGUAGAAAUAAAGGAUGCAUCUCGAGAGCUACGUGAUAUAAAAGCAAUACUAAUAGCAAAUGGAUCAAAUGAAGAACUGCCAAAGACUUUUGCAGAAAAGUAUAACAUUGAACUACCUUUUGGAACAUUAAACGAGUUUCAGUCCAUGGAUAUGGACUUAAAGACUAAUAAAACGUUCAGACACGAGUUUAAACAGACUUUGAGUAGUCUUAUUGACAAAAAUAAAUCGCUAUCUCGAAGUUUUAUUAACAUUCUAAAAAUGUAUUUUGCGCGAGACGUUAUGCUAUUAUUCAAUGCAUCGAAGAAAACCGAAGCAAAACAGCAAGUUUUGAAGGAAACCGAAUUUUACAAGUGUAUGUUAGAUUAUAUAACGAAAAAAUGGAAAUCAUAUGGAACAGAAUUAAUUGAAAAAGACUUUUUGAGAGUUCUUGGCCCAGUCAUUACGAACGCCACCGACUGGGAUGGACAUCGUUCUUCUAGGACAAAAAAAAUUGCUUUGGAUGAAUUUGAUGAUGAAUUUGAUGAUGAAUUUGAGGGUGCACUUGAGGGUGCACUUGAGGAAGAAUUUUAGAAUGUUACAGAAACAACAUAAAUGGAAACCGUAUAAUUUGAGUUUAAUUCUGAAUAAAAAAAUAUUCUUUCAAAUGUUUAUUUUGUUAAAAAAAACUACAAUAUUUUAUUUUGAAUUGUUAAUGGAAGCUGUAUUCUCUACAAUAUCAUUUCUUUCAUAUUUCUUAAAUUUCCAUUGUUUAUUUC